AUGCCCACACGCCGAAUUUAACAACCCUUUUCGAUUCCGACUGUUCUCGCACUCUCUUUCCUUAAUGGAGUUGUUAUAGCACAAAAUCAAUCUUCAGAGUAAAAAAAUCGGCUUCCCGCCUAGCCCCUUUCACUGCCGGUAGUCUGAGCAUCAAACAGCUUCCAUCAUAGCGCCUUCCUUUGCUUCCCCGGCGCCCCUGCGGAAAACCACAGUGACGGAAUUUAGUCUAUCUGGUACGCAUCAUAAAACUGUAUUGACGAUUUUCCGCGUUAUAUGAGUUUAAUUUUUAGGAAUUCUACAGUCGGGGGUUGUUUCCCUUCUUUUUCUCCAAUCUAUUUGAAUGGUGCCAUCCGAAUAUGUGAUUUAACUUGAGCAUGAACCAUUAGUGAGGACCGUGGUUACUGGUUAGUUAAGGCUUUUGUUUCAAUUAGGGUUAUAGAAUGAAGAAUCGAUCGCAUGGAAUGGCUAUGCCGAAUCAGCAGGACGACUGGGGUGAUGGUUCGUGGACUGUGGACUGUGUGUGUGGGGUGAAUUUUGACGAUGGAGAAGAGAUGGUGAAUUGUGAUGAUUGUGGGGUGUGGGUGCACACAAGGUGUGUGGGAUAUGUCAAGAGUGAGAAGGUGUUUGCUUGUGAUAAGUGCAAGAAUAUGAACUGUAGGAAUGACAGUGAGGAGACUGAAGUUGCCCAGCUCCUAGUGGAAUUGCCAACUAAGACUUUGAAUAUGGAUAAUCCAUUCAAUCCAAGCUUACCGUCUUCUCAAAGGCCUUUUAGGCUCUGGACAGGGUUGCCCAUGGAGGAUAAGGUUCACGUGCAAGGGAUCCCAGGAGGUGAUCCAGCUUUGUUUCCUGCCAAGGUCUCAUCUAUUUUUGGUCCCCAGCUGUGGAAAUGUACUGGAUAUGUGCCCAAGAAGUUUAACUUUCAGUAUAGAGAGUUCUCCCAUUGGGACACUGAAGUAGAUGAUGAAGAUAAUGAUAAGAAAGGUGAUGUAAAUAAUCAAACCACUGCUGAUAAUAAUGGUGCUGGUGUUCUUUUUUCCUUAUCGAAGGAAAAUAAUUUUCUGGCACCUGUGUCCAACUCAAAUGCGGGAAAAAGUGAUUUGAAGGAUGGGAAAUGUGACAUAUCACUGCCCUCAAAACAGAUAAAAAGGCUGGAUGGUUCAGAUUGGUUGAAUACAAAUGUGAAAAAGGUUACCAAUUCACUGCAUCCCAUUGUGAUACACCAUGGAAAGCGCAAACACACAGGAUUGAAGAUAGAUAAAGAUCAAGGGGGAAAGAAGAAAAAGAAGGGUCAAGUUGCUGAUAAAGGAUACUGUAAGAACAAAGGCUCGUCAAUCAGGACAGCUUGCAAAACUUUAAAUGGAGAGAAAAAAAUGCAAUUUUAUGACGGUAGAGGCUCUAAAGUUGUCCAUGCGGAUUCUAACAGAACAAGCAGCGGAAGUUUGGAAGUCGCUGUGCCCAUUGAUCACCUGGUAGAAGAUUCUCAAAGGUUGGAUAAUGACUAUGGUAAUCGUAGAAGCACUCUAAAUUCAACUGAGCAUCAUUCAAAAAUAUAUCCUUCUGAUGGUUCAAAACAUAAUUCUUCAAGUGAAACACUUCCCCAAGAACAGAGUGAAAAUCCUGGUGUUUCAAAGAUUCAGACCUCACAAAGGGAAACAGAUGAAAAAGAUGGAAUUGCAGCAUCCUUCUUAGAGUUCAGCAAAUCUGUUCGGUUACCUAUUAAAGAGGAGGAUGUUGCUGUUCAUAGAGAGGCUUCAUCAAUUAGUGCCAAGGUUGAAUUGCAUAAGUCGGUGUCUAUUGCAAAAGCCAAUGUAAGUGAUGAUUUUGGAGUUAAGAGUCUUCAAAAUUGUCAUGAUUUGACUGGUGAUAACAACACAUAUUGCUCUUCAGUGCCUGAAAUUAAUUUUAAAGCUGAUGAUGCUCGUGGAGACAUUGAUAUCCAUUGUUCAUAUUCAUGUGAUGCAACAUUAGAAAGAACGAGAUCCUCACCCCAUCAUGUAGACACUUCCAAAGUUCAAUUGUUUGAAAGUGUUAAGGUAAAAGCUGACGCUCUUGCUGUUACUUCUCAAGAUAGAUCUCAUAAAGCGCAGAAUGUUGACAGUAGUAGCUCAAUUCUUGACUAUAAUAGAAUGAAAAAUGCUGAUGGGUUAUCUCGUGAUACUUUCCCAUCUAAUCAAGAAUCAACAUUAUCUGAAGGUGCUGAGAGAUCGAAGUAUUCAUCAGGGCAACUUAAACAUUGUAGUACACAACGUGCUGUAGAUUCAGCAGCUAAAAUCAGUGCAACAACUACUAGUAUAGGGAGUGCUCCAAGUCAGCGUAAAGUAAGAGUAACUAUGGGGAAAUCUUCUUCAACUUUAAUUCUCAAACCUUCUGCUUCUGAGAGCGUGCAGAAGGGAAUUCCUGACAAUAAUCUUAGCAAUAAAAGGGAGGAUACCACAAUUAAUGUGGUUGAAGAUGAAGAGGGGCAUGAAAUAUCAAGAGUGGCAAGCGAGUUACCAAAGUCCUCGGUUGGUUCUGCCUCACAACACCAAAUGAGCAAGAUCACAUAUAUUUCUUCUUCUAAGAGGAAGGCCUUGUCCGAUUCAAAGGAUCUCAUGCCUCAUUCAUCCCAUAGAAGCAUUUCGGUGAGAAAUAUGUCUGCUAAUUCAGGCUCUGGUGAGUCUUCCAGUUCGUUGCAAAGUGAAGAGGCAUCAAGCAUACAGAAUAAACCUUCAGCCACAAAUUUACCUCAAAAAGGUGAAAAGGUGAACCAGUCAGGAAGCCAACCUUCUUCAUUAAAAGCAAGUGGAACUGUGAUGCAUCCUCCAACAGUGACAUCCUCUACUGCUGUGCUGAGCGAUGAAGAGCUUGCAUUACUUUUGCAUCAACAACUCAAUAGCUCUCCUAGAGUUCCUCGGGUCCCACGUAUGCGUCAUGCUGGUAGUUUACCUACAUUAACUUCCCCAGCAGCUACAAGUAUGCUAACGAAGCGAGUAUCUAGUGGAGGAAAAGAUCACGACUUGUCAUCUAGAAAAAGAAAGGAUUCGGGCAAAGAUGGUUCCAUCAAUUCUCAAGAGGGGGCAGAUGAAUCUACUAAAAAAAGGGAGGGAUUAACUCCUGGUUAUAAAAGACAAGAUACUAAUCAUGACAAGCGAGAAACAGACUCCCGUUCUUCAAAAAGUGUGAUUUCUGUGAAGAAGACUACUAGCCCUUCAUCAUCAGCUGUAGCUGGGAGUAAUGAUGUUCCUUCCUCCCAUGAAGCCAAAGAACUUAACUUGUCCUCUCAUAAAUCACAGAGAAAUACCAUUUGUGAUGAUGAUGAUGCUAGAGUUUCUGGCCGGCAUUCUCCUCGUACAUUACCAGGUUUGAUUGCUGAGAUAAUGAGCAAAGGUGAACGGAUGAGAUAUGAAGAACUCUGCAAUGCUGUUCUGCCGCACUGGCCACACUUGAGGAAACACAACGGAGAGCGUUACGCCUACUCAAGUCACUCUCAGGCAGUUCUUGAUUGCCUUCGAAACCGAAGUGAAUGGGCACGCCUUGUUGAUCGUGGUCCCAAGGGCGGUCCCAAGACAAACACAAGUAGAAAGAGGCGCAAUUCCCAAAGUAAUGAGUUGGAUGAUGAGAUCGAAGAUGGAAGUGCGAGCAAGAUUUUGGAGUCACAGCAGGAAGAGUUCCCCAAAGGUAAGAGGAAAGCCAGGAAGCGAAGGCGUCUUGCUCUACGGAGGGGAAGAGGGAUAAAAAAUGAUGUUAGAAGAAGGCAUCAUCGGACUGGGGUGGUUAGUGAUGACGAUGAUGACGAAACUUCUUCUUCACCCUCAUCCAACUCUAGUGAUGAUGAAAUCACAUUUAGUGAAGAUGAUGAGAUGGAAUGCACUAUGACCUCUCCGGCUACAAAAGACACGUCUUCUAGUUCAGACGAAUGAACCAUGUCUGUUUUCUUAUAAUCUUCUGUUUGAGCUUAGGUGAACUUUUUUGUAUUUGUAUAUACCUGUAGCAAUAGUCUUUUGCUUUCAGCUAACAUUUAGUUGGUAUGCUUUUAGGCUCUAGUAAAAAAUGUAACGAAUCAUAUAUGAGCUAAUUGCAAUCCUUCAUUGAAACACCAAUGUAUAGACGUAUAGUGCAGUAUUUUUCUUCUCAUUUUUAGAUUUCCCAAAAUUUCAUUGAUUUUAUUCGAGAGAAAAGUUGCACGA